CUAUUGAAUGAAAAGUCACAGUGCAACAAAGCAACAGCUCUAGAUCAGUAGAGGUCUAGAUUGAAUAUAAUAGAUCUAGAGGCGUAGGGUAAUUCGUAUUAGUUUACGUGAAUAGAAUCAUCAAUUUAAAUGUUAUUAAAUUUGAGUUGACACAGAACUUAUUGUCUUAUAUUAUUCAAGUUAUUGACAUUAUUGUGAUUUCAUACUUUGUUGUCUUUAUACAAAUAAUAAAAUGAAUAAAGACACUACUCAAGCGGAAUUAAUAUUUCAAUCAAUUCAUUUAAUUCAAAAAUUACGACAUGAUGUUGGACAAGUAUUUAAAGAUCUCUCAGAUGGGAUCAGUGAAUAUAUUGAAGAACCUGCAGAGAAAGAUGAAAAUGAUGGAGGUAGUAAUAAAGAUGUAUCAAAAGAUAAAGCAGCAACACAAGAUCAGAAAGACACCACAGGUCCCAGUCAUGAGAAAUCUGAAGAGCAUCAUGAAAAACACAGAGCUAUUUUGAAGACACUGAAAAAAUCUUUGGAGACAAUUAGUCAUGAUUUCAGUGAUUUGGAAAAAACUGGUGCAAACAUUGGACCUGUUCAAAUGUUUUCUAAUAUUGACAACCUUAGCUUGGAUCCAGUUGAUAAGAACACUGUAACACAUUCACAGCUUUUGCAGUCGUACAAAUGGACUAAUAAGAUGCAUGAACUUUCAGAUCAAGCAGUUACUAUAUUGGGCCAAAAUACAUUGAAACGGACCCAAUCUCCAAAAUUCACAAAUGUCAAAAAACUGAAAGGAAAUACUCUGUCUGCAUGGGUGGCCCCACAGCAAACAGUUGAUCAGUGCCUUUCUGUAUUAAAUCAAGAUCAUCCUGGUUCUAAUUUUACAUGGUCACGGCCUUUAGGAGGAUGUGCUGCUUUGCAGAUUGAAAUAGGAAAGACUUUAAAAGCUGUUGUAGUAUUGCGUGGUUUGACCAUAGAAUGGGUUAAGAUAAAAGGGUUUGAUGAAACUUUCAAAACAGAUGAUGGUCAGAUUGACAUUUGGUCAUCGUCAAGAUAUCAAGUAUUUCAAAAGCUCACACAUCAUGCAGAAGCUGCCUCAUUACAUUACUAUGCUCCAACUAAGCCAGAUUUAGCCAUUAAAUCUUUUGUGAUGUGGCUACAUGGCUUUUCAAAUCUGUUCUCAGUACCUUGUCAAAAAUGUGGGAAAUAUUUACAGAAUAACAUGCCCCCUACAUGGCGAGAUUACCGCAAUAGAAAGCCUUUUCAUGAUGUUUGUAGAAUGUAAUAAUAAAAUAUAAAAUCAGCUAA